AUGUCAAUAGAAAUCAAUCUUUUGCCAGAAUUUGGCUGGUCUAUCAAGAAUCAACCUGUAUAUGGCCCUGGAUCAGUAUUCCAAGGCUUUGUCAAAUUGAAUGCUACUGAAGAGCAAUUGCAAAAAGCUGAAAGACUUCGCAUUGUUUUUCAUGCUUCUGAAUCAACAUAUCACUCUGGCUAUGCAAAUCCAAUGUACAAUCAGCAAUUAUUCGGCACACAAAAGAUACUCUGGAAACAAAAAGACCUACGACCUCCAGUAGAUAUCAUUGCAGGGACAGAUAUCUCAAUUCCAUUCAUCAUACAAGUACCAAUGGUGCAGUUUCCGCCAUCGGCCAAUGUGAUAUCUGAAGGAGAUGGUCUAUCGUAUCAUUCAAACUUUGUGUUGUCAGCUUACCUGGAUCAAGAUCAAGGCAAAACCAACAUCAUCAAAGCACACAAGUCUAUCAUAUAUAUGCCUUUUAUUGAAACCAGUAUAUCAAAGAAACCAGUGCACAUCACGACCAUAGAUAAUACAGACAGCAACUCUCCAGAAUCUACACCAUUUGUACACGCCAGCAUGUCUUCUCUGGAUUACGUACUAGGCGACACUAUCAACAUCUCGUUAAACGUCAACAAUAUACCUAAAAAGUCGAUAGAAUCAAUUUCAACAAAAUUAUACCAAAUUCAAACAUGGAACAGAGCAUUUAAAAAGGACAAGCCAUUGAAGAGUGAAAAGAAACUCAAACAAUUGAUUGCUCAAAAUACCAUCAAACAACAUUCACUGGAAACGACAGCUCAUUUCGACGUGAAUACCUCUCUAGACGUUCCUGUUGAUGGAUUACCGACCUUUACAUACGGCCUUGUAUUCUCGAUUGCAUAUAUAUUACAAAUCAGCAUAAAACGAAAAGGAAAACUAUGGUCUUACGACUUUGAUUUAGCAGAUAUUCCAAUCAAAGUGGGCACUCUUGGUUAUGGUAUUCGUUCUUCUGAAGAAAUUGAGUUUUAUUCCACGUUCAAGAACGUUUUUGAGCGACAGUCUGAAGACGCCAGUAGCUCAUCAUCAACUGCAAACGCACUGCCUGUGCCAAGGUUUUUGGAUGUAAUUGAAUAUGAAGAAUCUUUACCACUGUACACUGAUGAUCGAUUACCUAUCUAUGAAACAGUCAUCAAGAGACACCACAUCAAUUGCAUUAUGUGA